GGAGGGCGGGGCGCAGGCGCGGUUAGGCCCGCGGUGGGCGCCGGGGCUCCCGGGAUUCUACCUUCUCCUGCGGCCGGCGCGCGGUUCCCAGCCGGCCAGCGGCGGUCAGCCGAGGUCGAGACGCCCGCAGGGUGGCCUUAGCGGCCGGUCGUACCACGGCAGCCCCGCCGAUCAGAUUCCUUUGGGAGACUUCGACUUGUUGGCGACCUGAUGGCCAAAAGAAAGGAAGAAAAUUUUUCCUCUCCUAAAAAUGCCAAAAGGCCAAGACAAGAAGAAUUGGAGGAUUUUGAUAAAGAUGGUGACGAAGACGAAUGUAAAGGUACUACUUUGACUGCAGCAGAAGUUGGAAUAAUUGAGAGUAUUCACCUAAAAAACUUCAUGUGUCAUUCAAUGCUUGGACCUUUUAAGUUUGGUUCUAAUGUCAACUUUGUUGUUGGCAACAAUGGAAGUGGGAAGAGUGCAGUACUCACAGCUCUCAUAGUUGGUCUUGGUGGAAGAGCAGUUGCUACUAAUAGAGGAUCCUCUUUAAAAGGUUUUGUGAAAGAUGGACAGAACUCUGCAGAUAUCUCAAUAACAUUGAGGAACAGAGGAGAUGAUGCCUUUAAAGCCAGUGUGUAUGGUAACUCUAUACUUAUACAGCAACACAUCAGCAUAGAUGGAAGUCGGUCUUAUAAACUUAAAAGUGCAACAGGCUCUGUGGUUUCUACGAGGAAAGAAGAGCUGAUUGCAAUUCUUGAUCAUUUUAACAUCCAGGUGGAUAAUCCAGUUUCUGUUUUAACACAAGAAAUGAGCAAGCAGUUCUUACAGUCUAAAAAUGAAGGAGACAAAUACAAAUUCUUCAUGAAAGCAACACAACUUGAACAGAUGAAGGAAGAUUAUUCAUACAUUAUGGAAACGAAAGAAAGGACAAAGGAGCAGAUACAUCAGGGAGAAGAGCGGCUUACUGAACUAAAGCGCCAGUGUGUAGAGAAAGAGGAACGUUUUCAAAGUAUUGCUGGUUUAAGUACAAUGAAGACUAAUUUAGAGUCCUUGAAACAUGAAAUGGCUUGGGCAGUGGUCAAUGAAAUUGAAAAACAAUUGAAUGCUAUCAGAGAUAAUAUCAAAAUUGGAGAAGAUCGUGCUGCUAGACUUGACAGGAAAAUGGAAGAACAGCAGGUCAGACUUAAUGAAGCAGAACAAAAGUACAAGGAUAUUCAAGACAAACUAGAAAAGAUUAGUGAAGAGACACAUGCACGAGCACCGGAAUGUAUGGCAUUGAAAGCAGAUGUUGUUGCUAAGAAAAGGGCCUAUAAUGAAGCUGAGGUUUUAUAUAACCGAUCCUUAAACGAAUAUAAAGCAUUAAAGAAAGAUGAUGAGCAGCUUUGUAAACGAAUUGAAGAGCUGAAAAAAAGUACUGACCAAUCUUUGGAACCUGAACGGUUGGAAAGACAAAAAAAAAUAUCUUGGUUAAAAGAGAGAGUAAAGGCCUUACAAAAUCAAGAAAAUUCAGUCAAUCAAGAGAUCGAACAGUUUCAGCAAGCCAUAGAAAAGGACAAAGAAGAACAUGGCAAAAUUAAGAGAGAAGAAUCAGAUGUGAAGCAUGCACUGAGCUACAAUCAGAGGCAGCUGAAAGAAUUGAAAGAUAGUAAAACUGAUCGACUCAAAAGAUUUGGCCCUAAUGUUCCAGCUCUUCUUGAAGCCAUAGAUGAUGCUUAUAGACGCGGACAUUUUGCCUAUAAACCUGUAGGCCCUUUAGGAGCUUGCAUUCAUCUUCGGGACCCAGAACUUGCUUUGGCUAUUGAAUCUUGCUUGAAAGGGCUUCUGCAGGCCUAUUGUUGCCAUAAUCAUGCUGAUGAAAGGGUCCUCCACGCACUCAUGAAAAGGUUUUAUUUACCAGGGACUUCACGGCCGCCGAUAAUAGUUUCUGAGUUUCGGAAUGAGAUAUAUGAUGUAAGACACAGAGCUGCUUAUCAUCCAGAGUUCCCAACAGUUCUGACAGCUUUAGAAAUAGAUAAUGCGGUUGUGGCAAAUAGCCUAAUUGACAUGAGAGGCAUAGAGACAGUGCUACUAAUCAAAAAUAAUUCUGUAGCUCGUGCAGUAAUGCAGUCCCAAAAGCCACCCAAAAAUUGUAGAGAAGCUUUUACUGCUGAUGGUGAUCAAGUUUUUGCAGGACGUUAUUAUUCAUCUGAAAACACAAGACCUAAGUUCCUAAGCAGAGAUGUGGAUUCUGAAAUAAGUGACUUGGAGCAUGAGGUUGACAAUAAGAUGGCCCAGAUAUUAAAUCUUCAGCAACAUUUAUCUGUCCUUGAAAAAGAUAUUAAACACAAUGAGGAACUUCUUAAAAGGUGCCAACUACAUUAUAAAGAACUAAAGAUGAAAAUAAGAAAAAAUAUUUCUGAAAUUCGGGAACUUGAGAACAUAGAAGAACACCAGUCUGUUGAUAUUGCAACUUUGGAAGAUGAAGCUCAGGAAAAUAAAAGCAAAAUGAAAAUGGUUGAGAAACAUAUGGAGCAACAAAAAGAAAAUAUGGAGCAUCUUAAAAGUCUGAAAAUAGAAGCAGAAAAUAAAUAUGAUGCAAUUAAAUUAAAAAUUAAUCAACUAUCAGAGCUAGCAGACCCACUUAAGGAUGAAUUAAACCUUGCUGAUUCUGAAGUGGAUAACCAAAAACGAGGGAAACGACAUUAUGAAGAAAAACAAAAAGAACACAUGGGUACCUUAAAUAAAAAGAAACGAGAACUGGAUAUGAAAGAGAAAGAACUAGAGGAGAAAAUGUCACAAGCAAGACAAAUCUGCCCAGAGCGUAUAGAAGUAGAAAAAUCUGCAUCAAUUCUGGACAAAGAAAUUAAUCGAUUAAGGCAGAAGAUACAGGCAGAACAUGCUAGUCAUGGAGAUCGAGAGGAAAUAAUGAGGCAGUACCAAGAAGCAAGAGAGACCUAUCUUGAUCUGGAUAAUAAAGUAAGGACUUUAAAAAAGUUUAUUAAAUUACUGGGAGAAAUCAUGGAGCACAGAUUCAAAACAUACCAACAAUUUAGAAGGUGUUUGACUUUACGAUGCAAAUUGUACUUUGACAACUUACUAUCUCAGCGGGCCUAUUGUGGAAAAAUGAAUUUUGACCACAAGAAUGAAACUCUAAGUAUAUCAGUUCAGCCUGGAGAAGGAAAUAAAGCUGCUUUCAAUGACAUGAGAGCCUUGUCUGGAGGCGAACGUUCUUUCUCCACGGUGUGUUUUAUUCUUUCCCUAUGGUCCAUCGCAGAAUCUCCUUUCAGAUGCCUGGAUGAAUUUGAUGUCUACAUGGAUAUGGUUAAUAGGAGAAUUGCCAUGGACUUGAUACUGAAGAUGGCAGAUUCCCAGCGUUUUAGACAGUUUAUCUUGCUCACACCUCAGAGCAUGAGUUCACUUCCCUCCAGUAAACUGAUAAGAAUUCUCCGAAUGUCUGAUCCUGAAAGAGGACAAACUACAUUGCCUUUCAGACCUGUGACUCAAGAAGAAGAUGAUGACCAAAGUUGAUUUGUAACUUAACAUGCCUUGUCCUGAUGUUGAAGGAUUUGUGAAGGGAAAAAAAAUUCUGAACUCUUUAAUAUAAUAAAAUGAGACUAGAGGCAUUCUGAAAUGAAAGAAACUCCUUUAUAUAUCCAACCACAAUCAAACGUAUAAAUAAGCCUAGAAAACCAACUACAACCAGCAAUUUAAGAUUACUAUUACUUUAGGAAAAUUAAUUUCAUAGUAUUGGUUUUAAAUCUUUUUAAGUUUUUUUAUACCAUCUAUUUUUAUAGAUUCUUUUUCAGAAGUAAAAUUUUGUACAUAUAUACAUGUACAUAUCUGUUUAGUUUGGGUUCAUUUCUAUAGCAUUUUGUAAGAAAAUAAAAGUUUGAGCACCUGAUUAUAUUUAGUUUUGCUUUUCCAGAUAUUUACAUUCUAUAGUUACCAAAAAUGGAUGAAGGAAGGGAUUUCUCAUUGCAGAGGGUGGGGUGCAAGGGCAGUAAGACACUUGUACGGAGCACUGAAGCUUUGCCAACUUCUACACAUGCCUUUUUCUCAGUCCUUUAACUGUCCACCCUACCAAGAGCUUGUAACCAGUAUCAGAACUGGAUAAUGAUGCAGUUUUUCACUCUAACCUCCAGCAUGCUUGCCUGGUUUAAAAGCCCUCAGUUUGCAGUCCAGGGACUGUUCAGGCUUGUCCUCAGCUGAGAGGACACAGGCUAGAGGGACUGUGCAGACCAGACUGGGAGAAGGGCUGGGAAGACAGAGUGGAGUGUGGAUCCUCAUGGAGCAGGAGAGUAGCUCGUGGCUCCAGGAGCCUGCGGCCAUGCAGUUGAUGGUGAGCUGACAUCAAUUCUAAGACUCAUCCUAAUUUAGGGGUGUUAAAAAGUGUGCUGCUUAGAGUGAUCAAAUAUAGUUAUUGUAAAAAAUGAUAUUUAUGAACUUUAUAUUUUAGAAAACAUGAAUUUUAUUGCUCCCUGUAUUCUUUGUUUGAUACUAGGAUUCAUGCUAAACUUUUUAAGAAUGUAUUGGAUAUCAAGAAGCAUUCCUUACAUUAGUAGCAAUAAAUAUUAGAAUAAAUAUGAAAUUGAACUAUUUUCAGAUAAAGGGCAGUAUAUUAAGAGCAAGGACUGUUCUCUAGUUAUUGAGGAAAACUGGACUUUGUUUGUGUUUUUGGUAGAGGAAGAAGUUUAAGAUACUUUAGUCUUAAAUUGAGGUUUGUUGCCAAAUGAGAAGUUCAAAAACUUGGGCUUUCUAAUCUGAGAAUUUCCAGGAGGAGGAAAGCGUGUGCUGAAUAUUUUAAACAUUUCUCACCAAUCAUACAAAGUCUGAUUUUUAAAUUUACACUUAUAAUGCCUUUGUAUUAAAACUAUUUUUAACAUGUGCUUUUCCAAAUUAAAAAUGAAGUAGAGUAUACCAAAUGCAUAAACUUUCAUUAGCUAAGGAACUAAUGUCUGAAUUUUGUUAUAGUUUUGAAUGUUGUGCUCUUUAAUACAGAACGGGAAACAUAAUCGUCAGGUAUCCCAGCAUCUCUUGUUGAAUUGAAGAUUAUUCAUUGCUUUGGCCUCACGAAGUUUUGGUUUCAACUAUCAUAAGUGAAAAUAUCUUCCUUUAAUGUUCUAAGUAGUGAUAAUAUUACUAGAAUGAAAGAAUAAACAAUUGUUCUUUUAAAAUAUGUGUAACUUCUAAAAAUAAAACUUAAAAUUUAUAUGUA